UCAUCCCAGUCCCCGUCUUGGUCACGGUACUGGUCCUGAUCUCAGCCCCGAUCCUGGUCCUGAUCCGGGUCCUGGUCCCGGUCCUUGUGCCCCGUCACGCAAGGCCAGGUUUCGAGGGGUUCCAGAGCUGUACCCUCCCUUCUCCCUUUUCCCGUUCCCAUUCCGUGGUGCUUCCCUGGGUUCUCUGUCCUCGCCUCCUUCUUCUUCCCACUUUGUUCCUAAAGUGCCGUCCCCACCUUCUCUUACCAGCGACCCCCUUCCACCAUGACCUCCCCGAUUAAUUCGUCUUGACCAGACUCCCCGGCGAAGUGGGAUUGCCGAAUUCCCAAAAUAUGUUUUCCUCCUUUAUAAACUUGAGAUCUUCCCCCUCCCUACCUUAAAUUUCUCCCGACCUUUCUACUUGCCUUUCUGCUGUCUGUUUUUAAUCCUGACCUGCCUCUCCAGCUGCUGUAUCCCCUGGAAUGGGAAUUCUCUCACCUCUACCUCCUGACCCUGUUCCCAGGCAGUGCUGGAGAACCACAUUGUCUUCUGAUUCCUUACAGGGGUUUGUUCUGCCCAAAAUUUCACGUACACCAAUUUUCUCUUUCACUUUUAUCUUCCUUGGUCUCGGGUUGCCCUUUGGAUUUUGUGAAACAUUUCUUUCCUUCUGCAGUGUCUCAAUAAAAUAUUAUCAGGUGCACUGCCCUUGUUCACCUCUUUUAUUCUAUUUGUCAUUGGUGGGUGCUGCUCUGGAACAGAAGACAGGUGUGCUGGCAAUCUCAAAAUCCACCCCCUUGCGCAACUGCACUUCAAUCUCAAGUUUCUUCCAUUUCGUUCUCAGCUACUUUUGUCUUCUGCCAUCCUUAGCCACUGCUUCAUUUCUCUCUUUCCCUAUAGUCUCCUGGCAUAAACUUGGAUUUUUCCUCGUUUUAAGUUCUGCUUCCUUUAUUUCUGAUGUUUUUAAACUUUCAUGACUUUGCUUACAGAGCCCCGAACCAUUUCUCCUCCUUGUCUCUUUGUGUUUCGACUACCGCAGUUUACAGAAAUUGCUAUUUUAGGUUGUACUUUCAAGUCAUUCAGUUCAAGAUCUCUUUUAUUUUAAGUGUUACUAUAUGUUUUUAUACUGUACAUUUCUCACAGUCAGUAAUUUAAAAAAAUAAUUUGUCCAAGAACUAUUUUCCUACUCCUUGGUGAUUGGACCAUGCCCUGCAUCAAAGAACGUCCAAAGUUCUUGUCAAUAAGUUCAUUCUUAUUUACUCUAGUCUAAGAUACUCAUAUUUAUUCAAAUAGCCUGCCCUUACUGAUAUUCUCUGGCAGUAUUAUGGGAAAUAGUUUUAGAUUACCAAUUUGUAUUUAUGCCGUGUAAAUUUUGUUUCUUCAUUUCUGCUACUUACUUAUUUCUGUGCUCUUUGGAAAAGAUAGCGUGGAAUCUUUGCUCUCCCAUUUGCAGUUUGUGCCUGUUUGAUUGCACAGUUCCAGUCUUGUAGUACUGUUUGGAUUAGGGAAGUUGAUAUUCCUGAUCAUUUUAUCGUUCAUUCACCUCUGUCCAACCUCCAGGUCUAAUUCCACCAUUUCCUCUCAAAAGUAGUACACUCAAAAAUUAUUUUCAUUCUUCAGAGCCAGGUUCUGGGGGGUUUGUUCCACCUUUACUCUUCAAUUUCAUUUUGUUGGGACUACUGCUGGUUAUUUCUUCAGCUACAAUCUCCCUUCAGGCAGACUUUUGGAAAAAGAGUCAUACAAGCCUUUGUUUGAAUCCCUUGCAUCAUGGAUGUGUGAUGAGAGAAUCUAGGAUAUAUGAAUCCAAGCAAGUUCCAGUCCUCUGUAGCUUCUUGCCUGGCUUCCUUUUCGGCAGGACAUAUGUGCCACAAACGUCACACAGGAAUGAGAAGGAAAAGAAUCGCCUCACUAUCCUGUGUGAGAAGCACCUCUGGCAAACUCAGUCCUAUGCUGGAUCCAAAGUAAUGCCUUUUUUCCUUCAUGCAAUGUUUUAGGCGGAUACUGAGAGCUGCUCCUGGCAAUCUGAGGAGAGCAUGUCCCGUCUAGCUGUGCUGUGUCUGUUGCAGCACGUGCAAGAUGGGAAGGGAGGCUUCCAGGAGGACUGGAAACCUGGUCAUCCAAAGAUUUCUCUUUUGCAAGGGCAGUGCCUUUAAUCUGUGCCACCAGGGUUCCUAUGAUGAAUUUACACAAUUCAAUUCCUGGUAAAUUUAAACAACUCAAAAGUAAAGGAUGAAAAUCUGUGUAUCUGGAAGGAUCUGCCACAGAGAUUUUCUGGAUUAGCCAGAGGUGGAGCCUCUUUUUACUGCAGAAACAACCAGUUUUCUUCAUAAUGCGGAUUUCAGACCAGACUUUGUUUCAACUUUGUGAUGUCUUCCCCUGAAAUUGCUUCCCUUUCUUGGGGUCAGAUGAAGGUGAAAGGCUGCUCUACAACAUAUAAGGACUGCAAAGUAUGGCCGGGAGGAAGCCGGACAUGGGAUUGGCGAGAAACUGGGACUAAUCAUUCUCCAGGAGUGCAGCCCGCUGACCUUGAAGAAGUCGUCAAGAAGGAUGUUAAAACUGUGGUGAUUGGCCGUGGCAUGAAUGAGGCUUUGCAGGUUCCAGCAUCCACCGUGGACUAUCUGAAGAAGAACGGGAUUGAUGUGUUGGUCUUGCAAACGGAGAAGGCUGUGGCAGAGUACAACACCCUGGCUGCUCAGGGUGUCAGAGUGGGGGGAGUCUUCCACUCAACCUGCUGAAGCCUUACAGCUCAUCCCACCUCCCCGGACUGCAGCCAAAUCACGGACACACCUCUGCUGAAUCAAAUUACAGUCAACAGAGCGUGAACUUAGGUGCCAAGGCAUCUGUGUGCUGACAGUUAUUAGUUCAGGAUUUAAACAAAUUGAGGGUUCACAAAAUGGAGCUGGGAAUUAAAUUAUUUAAUUACAGAAUAAUUUCUGCAUAUUCUUUUAAGAUUGGCCUAACCUUCCUCUGAAGGCUGUCCGUAGUCUGGUUACUUAACUUUUCACCUGUUGACUAAAUCAGAAGGUUAUGUUUUGAAUACUUUUAUUAGAAAAUGUCCCAAAAUUACAUUAUUGGCUAUUGGAAUGCAGCCAUAAGAUAGCUGAUGAGCACAGUCAAGUGGUAGAUCUGAAGCAAUAAGGAAGCACUUUGCCACCACUGGAUAAAGUAGUUAAAAAUAAAACAAAAUUAAAAAGUAAACUCAGAAUAUGCAACUUUGCCUCCUGCUGGUGACUUCAGUCAGGAUAUUUGCUAAUUCGUGAACAUCACAUAAUGUAACACUUCUAAAUUUUUUAUUGAACCUGACAAAGAGGAAAACAUCUACAGGGUAUAGACAUAAAAUAUGGGCCCUAAAGAAUGUUCUUAUUAAUUGCCGGUUCUGAGGAUUGAGUUGUCCAAUACAUAGCUAUUCAGAAAUGCUUAAAAUCAUCUGAAAGAUGCGUUACAAAAUCAGAGUUUGCAGCAGCAUAUAACGUUGAUCCUUAGGAAAUCAGUCUAAAUUGCUGCUAGCAAGGUGCUGCUGGUAAGCUGGGGAUGGAUGUGAGAAUUAUUACUGGUUGUCAUAAUCUGAUGAUUUAAAUGCUGCACCAACAAAUAUAUUAUUACACUGAAAAUUUAAAAAGUUCUCUUGGUUGUUGUUCUUGGUGGGCUUCUAUUAAUAUUACCAGAUACAAGUAGAUCUUUUUUCCCACCAGGCUCACUAUUUCUUGUUCUGUGCAUAUUGAUUUUUGUGUGUAUUAAUGAAAGUACAAAGACGAGGCUGUACAAGCCCUGAGGCACUUGGUGCUACUCAGGCAGUAGCAGAGAGGCUUAGAUUGAUAUGAGAACACAAUGACUCCCCCAAAAUACUGUGUUCUUUUUUUGUUUAUUUGCUGUAGUAAUCAUUCAAAACCUUUUAUCUGAUAAAAACCAAUGUGGUGUAAAAGUAAAGGGAAAGUGAGUACUUGAAAGUUUUAUCAUGCAAUCUCCUAAUUACAGCAAUGUUUUCUGUUAGUGUAGCUAUAUUUGAGGCAAAAUCUUAUCUAACCCAGCAGGAACUGCCUUUCCAGCCGCAUCUGUGUUCUGUGAUGCAGCAGCUGGUAAAAUGCUCAUUGUAGCUACUAUGAUAUUUUUCUGAAUAACUUGCCUGGCGUGAAGUAGAAGGUGAACCACUGACCUAGAAGACUGUGGUCAUCCCAAGGGAAUGCCAGCAGAACGAGUUCCUACCAAACCACAGAGUGUGAAGGCUUUUUGCAUUAAAUGUUGUUAUAUUACAGUGAA